UCCGGUGCGAACGUGUUUUCUUUUCCCUCCCAGGUGUUAAGGUACACCGCCGUCAGUCAGUGUGUUACUUUGAAGGAUUUCCCUGUCUAAACUGUUGGUCGGCGGAGACAAAGACCGGCUUUUGUGGACAGCAACCACGUCACGAAGCAGCAAAGAGCGGGAAAAGUUGUUCAAAGAAAUGUGCGCUUGAAGUGAUUUGCCCUUUUGAAUUUGAAGUUCUGUCGUAAUUAAAUGUUUGGUCCAUUCAUUUCGUCGGGUGGCAGCGUAACAAGGCCUGAAAACAAUCGGGAAAUUUGAUACCCAGUCCGGUGGGUCGGAUUGCUGCGGCGCUUUUGCGACCUGUGGUAUUUCCACUUUUUUUUGCCUGCUUUGUUUUUCGCCCUACGCACUGGCGCGGGAAGGUAGCCAAACUAGGCGAAGGCCCGUAAUGUGAUUUCGUGUGAAGUGGUUUUUGUGCAUGAAACAACAACAAAGCGUGAAAUGUGAGAAGGUAUUUCUGAGGAAUUAAACUGUCGGUGUCAGACAACUGAAUAAAAGUCUCUCGGCAGAAGGGGCGAACAGAAAAAUUCCGCUCGGUGGUUUUUCGUUUGAAUUAAAACGUCAGAAGUGAAAUAAUCAAAGGAAUUGAAAAGGCGAGUGCAGAUUUUACGUAGGAAACAUAAGAAAAUAAAUCCUGUGGUUCGCGUUACUAAUUGGAACUCACCAGGAACUAUACAAAAACCGAAAGGAAACAUCGGUCGUUUUAAUGCUAUAGCUUCGUUUGCCAACCAAUAUCAGAUCGACCACGUGAUUGAGUGACUUUGUUUUCGCACGAUCACGAACGGGUCGGAGGACGACGCAUUGGUUGCGGGUACGAGCUUCCACAGCCACGGGAAAAAUAAGAUUCCAGUUUGUGCGGUCGGCAAACCAACGCAAUCUACGCAGGAUUCGUACGAACAGUUUUAAUCCUUCGUAAAGUGGAUUACAGACGGUCGACGGAAUGGAACGUUCCGUUUGUUGUUGAUUUUGCAGCGCUACUGACGAAAGGAAAGAAUAUAUAUAGAGAGGGUCCUAGGUCAAAACACUCCAACCUUAUCACAGAUUCAAACCGCAUCCGCUCGUUUCAACAGGCGUUUUUUCGGUUGUUGUUCAUCUUGUUUCGAUCAACACUUUCCCCGCCACAGGCUCCGACCGACCAGCUCAACCGUGAAGUGUAUGUAUUUGUUGGUACAAUCUAUCCAACCGGAAAACCCAGAUGCGUGUCACUACCCUGCCCACGGAAACUGGUAGGACAAAUUUACCACCACCGCCACCUCCUUCCUGCAGAUGGUAUUGUGAAAAACGGGAAGUGAAGAGAAGAAUGUAGAAUGAAAAUUCCAAGCUCGAGGCACAAUUACACUGUCCACUGUUGCUGUUGCUGUUGCUGCCGUCCCGAGCCUCCCGUCACCAUCACCAAGUUGGACAACGAAAUAUGCACAUCGGAUCUCUGGGCGGGGGUGGCUCCACUGGGGCCGGAAAAAUACUACUCUGCUGCGUACACAUUCUGUUUGUGCUGAUCAACGAUGCACUGGUGUGUGGCCUGCGCAAGGGACGACUCAUGGUACCGGCGAGCUAUGUGGCCCAAACGGAUGAUCUGGACAUUCAGCUGCAGACGGACCCGACCGAGCUGAUUGUGCACGGGGAACCAACACCACCGUUGGACUUGAAGCUGCAAAUUUCCCUCGUUAGGGCAACGGGUGGAACGACGAUCUCAUUGUUGGACAUCGAACCGGACGUGAAUCACAACGUGACGCAGAUAAAGAUACCCUGUGGCUACUUCAUGCACGGAGGAAUUUACGAACUGAGUGUGGAAAAUCCUGCUGGCACUAUCGGGGUGGAAUUUGAUGAACGAUUGCGACAACAGCUGAAUGUGAGUUGGCCAACGCCAACCGUCAGUAUAGUGCCUGGUACGAUUAGUACUUAUCCGGAAGAAGUUGUCCGGGGGACAUUGCAGUUUCCCGAUGUGCACUGCUCCAGUUCGGUGCCAGUAAAUGACGAAUCAGUGGAUGUGCCCGAAUUUUGGCUCGAGCUGGUCUACUGUGGUCGUAACGAAGCAUGCCCGCUGGAAGCGGUCUCUAAGCCUCAGAUACUGUUCUCGGAACAGGUCCGGGGUUUCCCUAGCUUAAGAGUGAUUAAUUUUCGCUGUGAUCUAUUCGGACUAGCCGGAUACUAUCUGUUACAUUUGCGUUCUUCUAUCCAAGACCCUACCCUGGCGGGGGUUCUAAGUGGGGCAAGAGCUCUUCUGAAGGCUGAUUGGAGCAAGCAGUACGUUUUUACCGUUCACACCAGAAGCAUAUUUCCAUGCGAUGGUCACAGUUCCGGGAUACGCGUCUUGUUCCAGUACCCUUCCUGCAUACUGAACCAGUCGGACCGGGUACGGGUGUAUGCCAAGCUCCGGGCGAACGUAUUAUCGCUAGUGCCUCCCACCUCGCUGCAUUACAUUUCCGAGCAACGGGUGAUGAAAGGGCAACAUGCUCUCUAUUUUGAGUGUGAUCUGUUCUACGAAAAAUACAUCGAGUACUGCUUUGUCUACGUGAGUCAGGCAAUUUCCGGUGCCGUUGCCGAUAUACGGAUGGAUUGUGUACCCACCCUUCCAGUUGCCCCUUCCGAUUCCGGUGGCUGGGGACCGUGGAGUAACUGGACACACUGCUCAACCACAUGCCGCGGUGGGGUGCGAAAUCGAUACCGGUUCUGUGACUCGCCGCCUCCACGAUAUGGUGCAAAGUUUUGCGAGGGCUCAUCGGUGCAAACCGAACGAUGCGGAACGCACACCUCGUUCGAUUCGUGGGAAUGCAUGUUCAGUCCCGGUCCGGGAACCACCCUACCUGCUGAGAUUGGCGACGUUAGCACGGAGAUCGGUCCGGCUUGUCGCUGCGGUUGUGUAAUUCACCUAGGAGUGGUGAAGCCAAGACGAAUAGUAGCUUCCUCCUCGGAGAGCUGUCCGGAACGAAGUCUCUGGUUGGUGCAGGGAGACGAAGGGCAUCGGAUACGAUUCACCAUGGAUUUCAGCAAGUUCCCCUGUGACCAACAGUGGUUGAAGGUACGCGAUGGGGAUAAACUUUCGAAUGAACUUAUUCUGGAGUAUGCUUCCGGUCACAUCGAAUCGGGUAAGAGUGCAGAGUCUACCGGAUCGCUACUGUUAGUCGAGUUUCACUCGAAGAAAAUGGAACACUACGAUGAGAACUGUAUAGCCGGAUUUCUGGCCCAAGCUGAGCAGAUAAAAAUACACUAUCCUUCGACGAACGUGACAGUCUCUAUGGCUAGCCAAAUUAUCAUGCCAUUUGUUCAAUCCUUCAGCUACGCAAACCUGUCGGUGGUUCACAUCUGUGCAAUACUAUUCAUAAGCUUCAUCAUCAUCAUUAGCUUUCUGCUGCUUAUUCAGUACUUGUUCCGCUAUCGAAAGUACGAACUAGCUACUAGUCGGAUAGAGGUCGAUUCCCCAGCUCAUACUCUAUUCGGUUCAGGAAAUUCACUAAACAACGCCCAGCAACCUCGAUCACGUGCCAUGUCGACAACGACGCUAAUAUCGGAGAUUGUAUCCUACGUCAAACUUCGCCCCAAACAUGGAUCCAUCAAGCAUCACCGUUUCCGAGAGAGUGUAGAAUAUACAAUUGAAAACACCGAUCUACCCUCCGAUGGAAGCUCGGAAAUUGCGGCGACGGAACAAUCUCCCAAAAAAGGUGAUGAAAUUCCACUUCAAAAUCUUAACAAUUUAGACAAUCCGAACGGUAGCGAGUGUAGUUCACCGACGGAAGUCGUUGAGCAGUUCUCGGACGAUCAAUCGACUAACGUCAGCUCGGCGUAUUCUACGCUGAACCGGGAAGAUACACCGUUGGUGACUCGGAAGAAGACUCCCGAGCAUAGAAGCGAGACGAAAAGUGAAGGUGAUCGGUCUCCCAACGAGAAGGUUUCCAUUCCAGCUAGUAGCAGUACGGUAACACUGACCAAUAUCAGUCCUUCGGAUAUUGAGUGCUCUUCUCCCGCAUCGAGCGUCGCCAACACCAUCAGCAAUCGAACCCGCAACCUGAAGGAGAGCAAGGAAAAGAAAAACCUGCAAAAACUGCUUGCCGGAUCGGACUUUUCACUUGGUCACCCGGAAGACAUGGAAAUGGACUACUACGACUAUAACGUAACAAAUGCCGGUGCUGCUCCCGGUUCAUACCUCGGCAUGGAUCCGGCUUUUUUAGUAUGGAUUCCUCCGCUCAAUGAUGAGGACAUAACGGAGGAAAUCGACGAAGAACGAACGGAUGACAACGAGGAAGCAACUUCCGAGCCGCGAAGCAGUAACACAACACCGAACGAGGAAAUCGUUCGGAUAUUGCAGCAGAAACGCAAUGACUACUUGAUCGUCAAUAGCAUCUCCAAAAGUGACAUCUACACGGAGAGUGAGCAAUCGGACAAUCGAUCGGUUCGAGAGCCGACGCUUGCCGGUAGACGGAAUCAUCUGCAGGAACUGGCACUGAGCAAUGCUAGACGCAAAGUGAGCUCACCUGCUGAAGAUUCCGCUGAAGAGAAAGAAAAAGAGACUUCGUUCACGAAGUCUCCGGUGGAUAAUAAGCAAAUAUCUGAUUUUUAUGAAAUGUCAGAUAUUCAAUUCGCUGAUGACGAAGAUUCGGCAGAUGAAGUACGGGACGAGGUUAAAUCCCACGCGGUAAGGACGCCACAGAAGACUAACGUGGCGGAUGUCAAACUGACCAAAGUAUAAAAUGUACAAUAUUGGGCAUAUCUGUAGCGGAGUUCUUCGGAGUAGGUAAGGUAGAAUUAGAAACCAGAAACAUACAAAUGGGACCUCUUUCUAGUCAGGUAUUUUUUUCUCCUUCUGAUAGUGUAGAUGUUGUUGAAUAUUUACACAUCGUAAGAAAGUAUAAGCGUAGAUAUAUUAUGCGUUUGGGGUUAAUUGGUUGAAAGAGAUCCCUAGUUUGGAUCAGUUUUGGUGCUUUCGGAAAGUCAUUCCGGAGCAUUUUGGCUCACUUUUCAUUUGAUGAAUUCGCUCUAUCUGUUUUUCAUCCAACUCCUAUUCUACUCGGAGCGACUUUCCGAAAACACUUUAUGCGAAACACAAUCGCAACAUUCCGUAGUGUCAGUUGUUCUAAAAAACAAACAAACAGCAGCAUUAGUAGGUAGAGAAGUUGUAUCUAGUUGUAUGUAUGGCUCAAUGAAAACGUUUCGACCCAAACUGCUUUCAUUUCUUACUUGAUGUGGUUGAGUGUUGGUUUGGUUUAAGUACCCAGAAAAUGCAAAAUUGUGCCGCAACAGUGAUGGGGUAUUCCAUGUUCAAAUACCAACAUUGAAGCUCAAUGGCUUUACUCUAAAAAAACAUUUCUUAAUUCAUACGAACAGUCGUCAACACCUGGGCAGUCAGGUCAGACGGGGGCCUCCGCGUGCCCAAACCUGUGGAGGUACUGUCGGAAGCAUCCAUGGCCAUCUGGCGACCGAAGCCAUCCUGGUGCGCUCGCGGGCUCCUCUAUUUCCACGUAGCUCGAAGCACUCCUCAUCUUCCCGGAUGACCAGCCCGACUGGCAUCAUGCUCGCUAUCACGCAGUAUAUCACUCUGAGGCACAUCACGCGGUAGGUGCUCUCCAGUUCCUGUAGGUAACUGGUAACCCUCAGUACUCUUGAUCAUGACGGGCCGCCGUACCUGAGGGUAGAUACGGCAACGCCUGCCAGUAACCUACGUCUACUGGCGCACACCUUUGAGCUGUUGGACAUCAUUCUCGAUAGUGCCGCAACAGCAGUCGACGCUCUCUUGCACGUAUAGUCGACAUGGCUGCCGAAGGUCAGCUUGUCGUCUAUAAUGAUUCCGAGAGACUUCAGACUCCGCUGUGAGGUGAUCACGACUUCUCCCACAUAGAUAACUGCAUAUUGUGCCGACUUGCGGUUGUUAACGAUAACUACCUCCGUCUUAUACUGAGCGAGCUCCAGGCCUCUCGCGCUCAUCCAUUCCUCCACCGUGUUGAUCGCGUGUUCUGCAUUUAGUUCUACCUCAGGGAUUGACUCCCCAUAGACCUCAAACGUUCCUUGACCCCAGGAGGGAACUUCAGUCUCGUCAUACAUGAGGUUCCAUAGCACCGGGCCCUGCGGGACUCCGGCGGUAAUCGGAACCCUUUUCUGACCGGCAUCGGACUCGUAUAGCAAUACGCGGUUCUGGAAGUAGCUUUCCAGGAUCCGGUACAGACCCAUUGGUAGACUAAGCCGGUGUAACGAGAGCGCGAUGGCAUCCCAGCUUACGCUGUUGAAUGCGUUCUUCACGUCAAGUGUCACUAACGCACAGUAUCGAAUGCCUCGCCUUUUUCGUUGGAUCGCUAUCUCGGCAGUCUUUACCACUGAGUUGAUAGUGUCCAUCGAUGACAUACCCUUUUGAAAACCAAACUGGUUGCUUGACAGGCCGUCCGUGCCUUCUGAGUACGGGGUUAGCCUGUUGAGGAUGAUCCUCACCAGCAAUUUGCCAGUCCUGUCGAUCACAGAUUGGUCUGUACGCCGAAGGGUCGCCUGGCGAUUUCCCAGGCUUCGGCAACAACACCAAUUUCUGCCUUUUCCAUCUAUCGGGGAAGCAGCACUCGUCAAGGCAUCUCUGCAUAGCUAGCCUGAACAUGUUCGGGUUCGCUAUGAUCGCUGCCUUGAGAGCGCUGCUUGGAACUCCAUCCGACCCUAGAGCUUUGUUCAUAGCUAGGGAAUUACCCACUGCGAGUAGUUCUUCAUUCGUCACCGGAGCCACCAUUUCGGCCGUGCCCGCACUGUCCCGUAGUGCAGGUGGCCAGGGGCUUGUGGCUCGAGACGGGAAGAGUACUUCGAUAAUCGUUGCCAACCUGUCCGGAGACCGUUCUGGGGGUGAGGAGCCCCCUUUGGUCUUGGCCAUCACAAUCCUGUAGGCGGAUUCGCGUUGGCACUCUCACACAGGUUUUCGAAACACGCUCUCUUGCUGCUUUUAAUGGCCUUGUUAAGGGCCAAUUUCGCAGCUCGAAACACUUCACGGCGGUUCUCUCUUUGCAUCCUACGUCUAGCUCUGAGGCAGGCUGAUCGUAGAGCUGCAAUCUCGGCACUCCACCAGUAUACCGGGCAUCUGCCGUUUCUUGGCAGUGCUUUUCUUGGCAUAGUGGCGUCGCACGCGCGUGAUAGAACAGCUACCAGCGCAUCCCCGCUUAGACUGUCGGUGUUGGCCUCCAGUCUCAGGGCCGCGGUGAAAGCUUCGCUGUCGAAGUGAUUGGACUUCCACCCGCGUACCUGACAGGGAUCUCCCGCCCUCGGAUGCUGCACACCAUAGUUGAUCCUAAAGCGGAUUGCUAAAUGAUCGCUAUGGGUGUAGCCUUCGUCUACCCUCCAUUCCAUGCCUGGAACCAGACUCGGGCUGGCAAAUGUUACAUCAAUCCAUGCCUCCACCCCGUUUCUACGGAAUGUGCUAGCGGAGCCAUUAUUAGCUAGCACGGUAUCGAGUUUCGCAAGCGCCUCCAUUAGCGCUUGGCCACUGCUAUUUGUACAGCGGCUGCCCCACUCCACUGCCCAAGCGUUAAAGUCUCCCGCUAUGACUACCGGUUUCUGGCCCACUAGGUCUGACGAGAGCCUGUCGAUCAUCUGGUUGAACUGUAUGGUGGAGCGUAGCUACAAUAGAACACACCAUUGAUCUUGGCAAUCGCAACUCCUUCGGCGGAGGAGUUUAUUACCUCCUGAACCGGGAACCGUCCCGUUGUACAGAUCGCUACCAUCCCGGGCCCGUCCGACACCCAAUUGCCGUUGCCGGCAGGGAUGUUGUACAGGUCUGAUAGGAGGGCGACAUCUGUCCUCGACUCCGAGACCGACUGCACCAACAGCUGUUGGUCUGCUGCACAAUGGUUAAGAUUUAGCUGUGUGACGUUCACGGCUUCUUCUAUGGGGGACACGAAGGUCCGCCCAUAGCAUGAUUAUGGGCUUGCUUCUUAGCGGUGCAGAUAAGGCAUUUAUGCGCCUUAGUGCAGCCCCGCUCCUUAUGUCCCUCCUCGCCGCAGCGACGACAUAGUUUGCUCCUGUCUGUACCCUUACAUUCGUCCGAUUUAUGGCCGGACUCCAGGCACCGAUAGCACCUAUCCACUGAAGGCGGCUGGGGUAUGCUAAUUGGGCAUACUGACCAGCCGAUCUUCAGUUUACCUAUUACGGUAACGUUUUUGGCAUCUGCUUUCAGAAGCCUGAGGAAGGCUACUUGGAUGCCGGAGGGUCCGCCUCUCAAGCACACAGAGGCCCGCUCGAUUGUUACGUCGCAUUGCUCCUUGACGGCUGCGCCGACAUCGUCUGCGGUCGUGAACUCGUCCAGUUGCUUACACUGGAGUCAUUUCCGUCCCUAACGACCUCACCUGAGCGCCUCCACCCAGGACCUCUUGGGUCAAGGCCUUAUCGACAGCACUGGAUUGUGCGCCUCGCUUCAGCACCAAAAGCAUUUCUCCUGUAUUGGUGCGUCUCAAGCUGCGCACGUCUUGCCCGAGGGCCGAGAGGCUUUCGGCCGCCCUCAUCGACUUUAGGACGUCGGCGUAUUUGUCCUUGUCGGUCUUUAACCACAAGGCCUCGCCUCUGUUCUUUGCCUUCUUCGCGGGCCGCGGUGCAUCCGGUGUCGGUGUCGGCUGCUUCUUGGUGACCAGCGUUCAGGGGUUUACGCCCCCCUGCCCCGGUUGCGCCGAGUUGCUGGCACCUUCUCUCUGCCCGGCGGGGUCAUUUUCGCCCCGGUUUACCUCGACCAAACGGCGUUUGGCCGUGACGGUUACACGCCGUAUGGUGUUGGUUUUUGCACCCUCGCCUGGUGACAUCCUAGGCCGCUGCGCUUGCCCUUGCCCUUCCAGGGGAACUCAGCCGCCGCUUCAAGCGACUUGGCUGCUCCAUAGAAGGGGAAGGCCCCUGUCUGGGUACCUAUGUCGGUCUUCUCUCUUCCCUCCCUCUUGGAGGCCACUGUCUGGGUUUCUCUGUCGGACUUCUCCCGACAUACCACCCCCUUGGCAUAAGCCUGGUGUUCCUGUCUUGUAACACGAACAGCCUUCCAGAGCACCAGCAGGCUCUGUUUCAGCUCCUUGCUGAUAUUUUGCUUCGCGUUAGUGAACUCGAUUAUAGUAUCGAGCUGCUCCACCACUUUACGCAUCGCGGUUAGUGACCCGUCCAGCGCGUUUGUAGGGCUAUUUUCUACUACUGCUGGGGGGCCACUGGUGCUGUCGGAUGCAGCCCCCGUUGCUCCACUACUCUCCCCAUUGGGGGGAAACCUCAUCCAACCACCGUUUUUUGGUUUUUGUUAUUUUUCACGUCGCUCAUUGAUCCCACGAGUCGCGCGAGAAAGAAAUGUCCGCCACGUCAGAGCUCCGCAGUAACGUGGUAAGGGACGCUUACUGUGGGGGUUGCCCAGGUACCCCACAGGCUCCGUUAACGAUCGAGCAUCUUUUUCACCCCAUCGAUCACUCAUCCCUCGGCACGGGUCGCUUCAGGCCUUGGACUUGGGGUUAUGACCUUUUUUUGCUUUACGUGGUGACCGCGGCCCAGAUCAUCACAACCAUCCUCCUUUACCAGGACUUUGGACCUGUAGCUCUGGUUCUCAAUAGUUCCAAAUACGUAGGCUAUUACAGACAUGCUACUAUUGAGAUCCGUCAUUCGCUAGCGGAGUUAGGUUUUGAGGUAAGCAAACACGAAAAGUAACGACUCUUCGGGACGUAAAAUUUGGGGAAGUUUUAUUUCCGUAUGCCCAACCGAAGCUAAGACAGGAAGUAUCAUUAAUGAUGCAUUGUUGUGUUCUGCCAAAAGAGGGAAACUACUGAAAAUAAUACUGUUCCUGUUAUUCUAGAUAACGAAGCCAGCAGUUAUAGUUUCGAGGAGGCAACUAGUUUCAUCACUGAAGAGGAUUACGACCAUAAACUUCUGACAACAGAGCCCCCUCCCUUCGCAAAUAGUAUGACGUGGAAAGCUUGAUGAAUCAGUGCUGAGGCAUAGCGAGCGAGAACGCCGACUUCCUGGUGAAUUAUUCGAUUAUUUCGUAAAUGUUAGAUCAAGUUCUGGCGACACAGACCUCCCCAUGACGUCAUAUAACGUGAGCAUCAAUGGCUGAAACCGGUACGGGAAGAGCUUCGUCAAGUGCCCAGAUGGCGUAAAGCUUGGUAAGAUCAAGUGGAUGCUCCGGAUGAAAGAUGGCCACGACGGAAAAGUGGUGUGAUACUAGGCGCGACUAGGGUGCCUGGACUACAAAGAAACAUUUUCUCCAGUGGUGAAGCUCGCCACAAAUCAAACGAUAUUGACAGCAAGUGUCAAUGUUUUCCGUUACGGUUAUACUGUAUCGUAAAAACUUCAUUGUUGUACGGCGAAUUGAAGCAAAAUAUGGAGGUUCCUACAGGUGUCAAGGCAUCUCCGAGUACUGUGUGCCUGCUGCUUAAGUCCCUCUACGGCUUGAAGCAGUCACCGAGAUACUGCAACGAAAAGUUUAAUGAACAGUUGUUAAGCUAGGAUUUCAAACACUCCAGGCCCGACUAUUACCUUUACAUGGGAAUACAAGACGGGGAUAGUGCUGUUUGUAGGUGACCUGCUGAUAUGCGGAAGGAAACCGAAAAGCAUCAUCAGACUGAAACAGCACUUGAUAACAACUUUUACGAUGUCCGACUGUUACGCACUUCUUGGGUAUUCAUUUGGACUACAAUAGUCAGCAAGGACGCCUGCAACUGUCGCAGGUUGCAAAUACUCAAUCCAGUGAAGUGCCCUAUGAAAAAAGGAAUGUGGUUGGCAAAAGAAUGAAAACAACCCAGUUCUAACUCCUCGGAGAGUGGAUGUAUGUGAAGCUGUAUACAAGACUUGCUAUUUGCUACCUAAUAGAUAUCUUGGAGAGUUUCAAUCUUGGCAAAGUUCGAAGCAUGUGGUUUGCUACAUUAAAUAGACGAAAGCCAGAUGUGUGGAUUACAAGCAAGAUAAAUCUGCAGAACUCUUGGUGGUUGGGUGUUACGUUGCUGCGAACUGAGCUUCUGGCACCGAGGAGCGUAAAUCUGUGAAGGACAGUGGCGGCGCUAAGGGGGCAGCCGCCCCGAACGGCAAAAUUUGGGGCCGGCAAAUGCUGCUCAACAUAAUUUAAUUAUUUAUUAGUGAAUAUCAUUGUUCAUUAAUGGCGAUAAACGUUAAGCGCGGGUGAAACGUUUGAAUUCAUUUUGUUUUGGCGCCUGUAGAAGAUUAAUUGUUGACGAUCAGAAGUACGACGGAUCUGACGGAACAAAACAAUAUAUAUCUGAACCUGAACCUAAAACGUAACGAUCUUAGCAAAUGCAAAUGCAAAUUAUUUUAAGAAAAUCCUUUCUUAACCCAUUUGUGCCCAUGUUGUUUGUGGACAACAACGUUUUUAAACAACUAUAACUUAAGGCAAGAUUUGCUCACAAAAACAAGUAAGACUAAUGAAUGUGACUAUUGCCUUUCAUUUGAGUAAUAACAGUUACAAGGAUCAGCUCUAGAAGCGAAGUUAUUGCAAUUAGUCUGACUCGAUUCCGAUGGAGCAGUGCUGCCAGGGACAGCUUACGUUGACAACGGAAAAUAUUUUUUUCAUAUAUCUUCGUUAUGGUGCAAUAUUAUUGAAAACUGAUAAAACUUAUCAUUUUAUACUGUCUUUGGCUACGUUUUCCAUGUAAUUGGACUAUUGUAAAUAUUCUUGGAGAAUUGUAUUGAGCAUUGGAAGGUAAAAAUCGAGCAGCUUCUAGCACUGCAAUGGAAGCACCUAUCUUUUUGACAAUAGACUUUUCGUAUUUCUUGGUCUCUCCGUUUUCAAGGAAAAAUAGUUUUGAAACCCUACAUACACUAGAAAAAAGUUGGGCAUGAAAGGGUUAAUAACUUAACUAUUUUCGAGAAAAAAAAUCAGUAAUGAAAUUUAUUUCACACAAAUGAGGAACCAGAAAAAAUGGGUUCUUACUGCUGUAAUCGUAAGUAAAUUUGAUGUUAAUUUUUUUUCUUAUGUUUAUAUUAACACUGUCUAAUUGUGGCAAAUAUAUCCCACACGUUAUACGGCGUUUUAUUUAUUUUCAGUAACCUUUUCAAACUUUUGGUAAUUUCCAACAUUUACAAUUGCAAUUGGUUUUUGACAACACCGAGAUCUUGGCACUAACUUCUUUAACUCUCUUAUUACCUACCGUACCAAUCAGUGUAAUGCCACCAUGUCCUUUGCUGUAUCAAUAUGUCGUCUCUAGCUCACUCCGUUCAUUGCCGUUUGUCGCCAGCUUCACAGAGCACGAGGACUCCUCAGGUUCCCUUCUUAGUCAACCCACCUUGCUCGUUGUGGCUACUUGUGCUAGUCGGAUUAGUUUUGGGAACCAUUGUUACCGUGUUGUCGUCCGCCACUUUAACGGCGUGCCCAACACACCACAGCCUCACAUAUUUUGUUGUGUGAACGAUAUAUAGUUUUCCAAACAACUGUUGCAAUCCGUGGUUCAUAUGCCAUGCUGUCAUGCUGACUUCCAACUGCAUCGGUCCACGGAUCGCUCGUAACAUCUUACGUUCGAAAACACCCAUGGUACAUUGUAACUUCGCCUGUAUAGCCUCAGAGCCGUAACGUGGUCUUCUGGCGCCCUUGGCGGAGUCUUAGUUUUGUGCCCUGAACGCCACUUGACUAUCUUUUUCUGUUCGACUUUCGACCAAUAAUUGAGUGUAUAAUUGAAAAUGGCACACUUAUCGUGAUUUACUUUAUGACUUAUCUGCACAUAGUUUAUGAAGUAAAUUAAGAUAUCGAAGUGUGUGGACUUUUAUAAAAAAGCACGAAAACUAAUUUUUAGGAAAUCCUUCGAAAGUGACGCGGAAAAUCGAAACCAUCAAUAUAAAGUGCCAACAGGUUACUAAAGUUUGAAAAUAUUUUAAAAAUUACUUCACUACAGAUUUGUUUUCGAGGUUAGGUUAGGAUGCCAAGUGCCGGAGCAUUUUUUCAGGAGACUUUAUGACGGACUAACAACAUCUAAAUGUCGGUUCACAUAGUUGAGAUCGACGGUGUUGUUUCAAGGAUCGCUUUCUACAGUGAUUAAAGAUUUUGAAUGGCAAUUGCACAGGACGGGACAAAACUGUAUGACCCUUCAAACUCGUAUCGGGUGACCUUUAGCAGUAUUGCUGUGUCAAAAUUGUUCUAUAACAAGGUUCGUACCGCGCGUCAUGUUUUGCAUUAAAUAAAGGUAAAUAGGCUAUUGUAGAAUAAAACCGCGAGUGGAAAGUGCGCUGAGAAUUAAAACCCAUUCAAAGCCGCUCUCUUUUUAACAGAAAUACUGAGGAGAGCUACGCCUCACCACGAAAAAUCGUUAUGCUCUCUUGGUUCAGGAAGACUAUGACUCUGACGAUCUCCAUCAUGAGACAUCUGUUACUGCUCCUAAAAACUGUAAUCGAACGAGAUUUGUUGUAAAGGUAAACAUUUUCCGCGACCGAAUAUAACAGCUAUAGGAAGCGAUGACACAAAGCUGAAGCAAACAGUUCCUGGUCUUGGAAAUUUGAGAUCAAAAAACGAGCUUCCAGCGUUUCAAGAAACCCCAAAAAUGGGGUAUCUCCUCGCUGAUAAACGAUCUAACUUUCUUCAUGAUAUUUGCUACAGUUUUAAGGAGGUGGCUGCUUUACUGCCCAUGAUCAAAUAUUUGUCCCAUUUUUGUUGCUAUGCAACUAUGAAAGCGAGCGUUAAGUUUGCAACAAUUUUCAAUUGGAAGUCAUUGUAGUUCGUUGUUUAAUCUUCUAUCAACUUUAGAUUUGAGAUGGGACUGAUAGGGCCGUAGCGUACUCUUUUGAUACUUUUGGUUGAAUUUCAGUGUAGUGCUCCUUUUUCAAUUUGACUCACGAACAAUAAUUUAGCGUGUAUAGCGCAUUUACCCUACUUAUUUUAAUAUUUAUCCUUACUUAUUUUAUACAGCAAAUUUCAGCGUCCCUCUAAGCUUGGCGGGGGUCAACCUGGCUAACCGCACACUACGGGUCUGCAUAGCCCAUUGGCCAACCGGUCCAAUGAACAUUUUGUAGCUGGUUUGCUUCGUACCGUAUCGUACUUUGUUCGACUAAAACCCGAGCCCAAAGUACCUGCCAGAAUACAUCUCUGAAUUUCUCUGCUGGUGUUCUCAUCGCCGGUCACCAUGUUCACCAUACAAUCAUUCGGUAAAGUCUCUUCCUCUUAAAUCCUCUAAACCACCCAGUGGAGUGCCCAGUGGAAUACCGUUUUUUCUGAUCCGUGCUUGCCUGAAUCGUUUCUCGUUCUCCCUCGUACGGUGCUCCAUCAUUCUUGCCUCUGCCGUAUUCGUCUCUUCAUCUCAGUAGUGCUACCUGUGGUGCUUCGUAAGUUGCUCCAACCAUCAAGAGUAGUCACACAUACCUGUUCUUCUGUUGGUAGUGCCGUCUCCAGCUUCUGCACGUAUUUCCGCAGCACGAUCGUAGCUGCUAGAUGUUGAGCCUCGGCUCACGAGUGCUGUACUAACAUUUGUGUGGCUGUGAAGAUCGUUGGCAGAAAGCACGACAAGUUGUGUGUAUUUGUGUUGGAACUUAAUUUUACAUUGAUAUUCUUGCUCCAAAUAUGUGCAUGAAAAUAAAUUUAAAAUUGCAAAAUAUUUAUUUCUGUGUGUCUGGGCGUCAUGUCGCCGUAAAUCAAUUUAUUAUCCCAUCGUGAACAGCUGUCAUAGAAACGCUCCAGCUCGGCCUAAAAUGCAUCUUUGUCGUUCACUGGUCUCAUUUUGUGUGGGCAGUGAACGUUUAUGAUGCGGUAUUUGAAGAAACGGAAUUUUGCUUCUCACUACACACAGUCUCUCGCUGUUACAGGAACAAGCAUAGGCGAAUCUUCUCCAGCACUAUAAAACCCAACUCGUUUGUUGUGCCGCUGAUCUGGUAGGCUGCUCGAUGUCCGUUUUUUCACACCUGCCGAACAAAGUUUCUGCAAUACUACGACCCCGAGGUUGCGAGUUUGCAACUCGUUGUGCAGAAUUCGGUCGAUCCUCUGGAAGCCAAGCGACUUACAGUUCCGUAUUUCCAAUAACCACUCUUUUUUUCGUAGCCUGACUUAAUUGAUUUAAUCCGCAAAGGUGUUUCCGGACUUGUUACACCUGCACAAACCUCCUAUCUGGUCGGAGGCUUCUCAUUUCGCUACAGAAGGUGACGAUAGCCCACAUUCAUUCGUUGUGUGUCCAACAAAAAGAAAACAGGCCGACAGGGUACCCGUGUACCCGCAAAUGCAAAAGUGUGUAGCUAUCUCAAUUUUUAAUAGUUUUAGACCACCUUUGGAUGUUUUGAAUUCAGGAAACCAUCCAAUUUUAGAAUCGAUGAAAUUGAACCCGUAUUCGUCGUUAGAAUUGUCUCGGAUGGUUUUUUUCUUAUCGUUACGGGAUCAUAUGACGAUUUAACCUCGGAACGGUCACUCACGGCCUUGCGGGUACCUGCUCCGGAAAGAGCGUUGCGGGGUCAAUUAUAUUAUUAUACAUUUUAUAUCCCAGCAUUGAAACUUGGGCCGACAUGUGCAGAGAUACAAACGGGAAUCUUCUCACGGACCAGUGUGAGGUGAUCCAGAGGUGGCGGCAGCACUACGAAGAACACCUGAACGGCGAUGCAGCAGACGACGAGGAUGGCACGGUAACGCACCUGGGAGCACGCGCGGAAGACAUUACACUACCGGCUCCGGAUCUUCAAGAAAUCCAGGAGGAGAUUAGUCGGCUCAAAAACAAUAAAGCCGCUGGGGUUGACCAAUUACCAAGCGAGCUACUAAAACACGGUGGCGAGCCACUGGCUAAAGCGCUGCACUGGGUGAUUACCAAGAUUUGGGAGGAGGAGAUUUUACCGGAGGAGUGGAUGGAAGGUGUCGUGUGUCCUAUCUACAAAAAGGGCGACAAGCUGGAUUGCUGUAAUUACCGAGCAAUCACCCUGCUGAACGCCGCCUACAAGGUACUCUCCCAAAUACUAUGCCGUCGACUAUCACCAAUUGCAAGAGAGUUCGUGGGGCAGUACCAGGCGGGUUUCAUGAGCGAACGAUCUACCACGGACCAGGUGUUCGCUCUUCGUCAAGUACUGCAGAAAUGCCGCGAGUACAAUGUGCCCACACAUCAUUUGUUCAUCGACUUCAAAGCCGCAUACGACACUAUCGAGCGAGAUCAGCUAUGGCAGAUUAUGCACGAGUACGGAUUCCCGGACAAACUGACGCGAUUAGUGAAGGCGACGAUGGAUCGGGUGAUGUGCGUAGUGCGUGUCUCAGGGACGCUCUCGAGUCCCUUCGAAUCACGCAGAGGGUUACGGCAAGGUGAUGGUCUCUCGUGUCUGUUAUUCAACAUCGCGCUGGAAGGUGUAAUAAGAAGAGCAGGGAUCGACACGAGUGGUACGAUUUUCACAAAGUCCGUUCAGCUACUUGCUACAGCUCAGACUGAAAAGAGAAGCCAAGCGCGUCGGACUUGCCAUCAACACGUCGAAGACAAAGUACAUGAUAGGAAGAGGUUCACGAGAAGAGAAUGAGAACCGCCCGCUUCGAGUUUGCAUCGGUGGCGACGAAAUCGAGGUGGUUGAAGAGUUCGUGUACUUGGGCUCACUGGUGACCGCCGACAAUGAUACCAGUAGAGAGAUUCGUAGACGCAUCGUGGCAGGAAAUCGUGCUUACUUUGGCCUCCGCAAGACACUUCGGUCGAACAGAGUUCACCGUCGUACGAAGUUGACCAUCUACAAGACGCUGAUUAGACCGGUAGUUCUCUACGGGCACUAGACCUGGACCAUGUUCGUGGAGGACCAACGCGCACUUGGUGUCUUCGAACGGAAAGUGCUGCGUACCAUCUACGGUGGAGUGCAGAUUGAAGACGGCACAUGGAGACGGCGAAUGAACCAUGAGUUGCAUCAGCUGUUGGGGGAGCCGCCCAUCUGUCAUACCGCGAAAAUCGGACGACUACGGUGGGCCGGGCACGUAGCCAGAAUGUCGGACAAUAGCCCGGUGAAAACGGUUCUCAAUUGCAAUCCGACCGGUACAAGAAGACGUGGCGCGCAGCGAGCACGAUGGAUCGACCAGGUGGAAGACGAUUUGCGGACCCUUCGCAGACUGCGUGGCUGGCGACGUGCGGCCAUGGACCGAGUGGAAUGGAGGAAUCUUUUGUAUACGGCACAGGCCACUUCGGCCUUAAUCUGUUAAUAAAAUAAAAUAAAUAAUUGAAACUUACUGCCGGAAAUCUGAAUAACCGGGAAUCAGAUGCAUUUUUACAGAUUCUAAAAGUGGUUGAGUUCCGGAAUUCAAAACAUCCAAAUGUAUCCAGAUUGGAUAAAAAUUCCAAUAGUUAUUAGUAUUUCGGUUUUGGUGGUACCGGAGUACCCCGCCGGCCUGUUACGGGGUUAAAGAAAUACAAAAACCCUUCCUCAAGUCCCCGAUCACUGUAUCAUUAGUUUUAUGCUCCCAAAAGCUAUGCUUGGUAUUAUUCUAAGGUUUCACUAAGUUGCAAUUUUCAGUUUGGGAAAGAGUACUGGAAUUUCAUAAAUUAAAAUCUGCAAAGGAGUACGCUGUCGGACACAUGACAGUUAAGUGCGAUCUUGUUAACAGAGUUGUAGCCUUAGCUUGCUCACCAUGAUUAAUACGUAACGCUGCUGCAAGGCUACUUGGUCAAGUUUGAAUGCGUUUUAUUCUGUAGAUUCCAAAUGGAUUAAAAAACAAAGGAAAUUUCACCCUUUCAAUUUUGUCCUGGCUUUUAUACUAUAUAUUCAUUUCUUUAUUGAAAGUUUAAUAAAAAACCAAAAAUUCAUUUUUAGGUGUAAUAUAUGUUUUAUCGAGAAAAUGGCUGAAAAGGGCUUCAUUCCACAAGAAUGAAAAAUCUGCCAAAAAAUGAAAUUUGUGGCGACACUAUCAAGUUUCAAAGAAUCUUAAGAUCAAGUAAUGUUUCGAUCAAAUUUCGUUUUUUUAAUUAGUUUUCAUAAAACUAACUAAUAACAUCUAAUGUAAAAAAAAUAGCUAAAUUUCAAAGUAACGUUGUUGUUAACUAUUCUGUUACAAUUUUCAUAAACAUACGCAGAAAACUGUACUGGUGAGAUAGUUUGGUUAGUCAGAAAUAUGUAAGAGGGCGGCAAGUUUAACUUUUUGCCCCGAGCGGCAAAAAGUCUAGCGCCGCCACUGGUGAAGGACUCUGUGUUGUUCGUCUUCGGCAACCUCGUGCUCUAAAACAGUGUGGUCGUUUGUUAAACACUAAAGACUCCGCUGUAAUGAAUCACCAGCUACACUGUAUAAGCGCAAUUCUUCAAAUACGGUGGAUCUUGGGUGUACUAGCAUUCGUCAAUACCUACUGUGGUCAGGUAAAAGAGCAGGGACUGCUCUUUCCACACCCAUUCAUCACCGGAUAGCGCUAUAGAUGUCAAAGACAACCCUUUCGAACAUCAAACGUGUGUGAUCUCUAGCAUACAUUUUGUUUGUUUUGUUUGUUUGUUUAUUUGGGUUUUAACCCCAAGGGUCAUUCGCCUUAAUGAAUUAAAUGGAUAUAUGUUUACAUUGCAUUUAACAAAAGUAGGUAAAUUAUCGUUCGAUUGAUAAAUCUCCUUUUUUAAUGUCAAAGUCUCUGUAGUUGUGUUUUGUUUCUUGCGCUGGACCAAUGAGAAUUACAGUUGUGUUAGUGUUUGAAGCGUAGGUCUGCGAUGAAUCCUCGGCCCCCAAAAGAUUAGGCGACGGAGCUUCACAUGGACAUGUUGUUUGAAGGGCUUGGUGCUGGACUUCUACACAGCAUCGAAGAUAUUGGCGUCCUUAAGGAAAAGCAGUAGGACUUCUUCUUGCGUCGAGUCGUUUGAUAGGACGUCUCUGAUAGACGUGGGUAUAUUAUAGAAGCGACGCAAAUCAGCAAAUUCCAGGCAGUUGGUCAGUAGGUGCUCAACGGUGAGCCUAGUAUUGCAGGAGCUGCAUACUGGUGGAUCCACUCUGGAAACUGUAUGCGGAUGAGUGACUCUGGUGUGCCCCACACGCAGCCUAGAGAGCACCUUCUGCUCAGUUUGGUUCUGGCGGUCCGUCCAUUUGUCAAUGGAUCCUUUAAUUUUCUGGAGAUAGCCGGUAGAAGAUCUCCAAUGGUUGGUAAAAUGUUGAACAAUGCAGUGGUGAAAAGCCUUGACAAUGUCCUCUUUCGGUACCUUCUUGGUAAAGGAUGUGGGCGAGGUUCUACCGAGAGAGGCCAACCGAUCGGCGUCCAAGUUUCCCUGGAUCCCGCUGUGCCUCGGAACCCAACAGAUGGUGGUCAGUGGGUCAUAGGUUGCUUCGAUGGCUUGAACAAACGGGUGUUGUGACUCCCCUGUUCGAAGUGCUGAUAGCACUGAUAAAGAGUCUGUUAGUAUCACUGUCGGAAGAUUCUCUUGCCUCCUGCGUAUGGCCAGAAAGAUUGCAGCUGCCUCUGCCGAGAAAACGGAGCAGGUGGCUGGAAGGCGGAGUGAGAGACCGGCUCCAAUGCCACUAACUCCUAUCCCUACACCCUGGUAAGUCUUGGAUCCGUCUGUAUAGAGCUUUGCGUGGUUUACGUAUCUUCUUUCAAUCACUUCAAGAAAUUUCGUUUGGGCAACACUUGGAGUUGCGCCCGCCCCCACUGAUCUAGGGAGGCUGAUGUCCAGGUUUGGGCCACGUGCACUCCAUGGACGAUGCCACACUCUGACUAGACCCGCUAGCGGUGGAAGAGGUGUUUGGGUAUAUUCCAUGUGGAUUUGUUUGGCUGUGUCGUGUCAGGCAAUCUCCUCCGUAGGUUCUUUCCUGGAAUCCGAGGGCUCGCCUCAAAGUGACUAGUGCUGUCGCCCAUCUGCAGGGCAAGACUCCGGCUUCAACACAUGCGCUAUUUGCUGGUGUGCUGGGGAGUAGGUUGGAGGCAGUGCGCACUGCUCCAUGGUAAAGUGGGGCAAGGGUGUUGAUCAGACCUUCGAGAUUUUGGCAUGUUAGCUCAAUACCAUAGAACAAGCGGCUGAGAAUUAGGGUUUGGAUGAUGUAGAGGGCAGUAUUGCGGUUGUUCCUCGGGUUUCGGGAGCAGAUGGUGCGAACAAGCCUUUUCCGACUGUCACAGUCCCGUUUAAGUUGCCAAAAGUGCGUAAGGAGUGUUUCGGUUCCUUCUUAAAGGGUAUUAGGAGGCCGUUGAGUUUUAUUGGUCUGCCAGUUGCCACGUGAUUAUAUGGACAACAGUGAGCAGUAACACAUUUGCUGAUGGAGAUCCGGAAACCUACCGAAGAUGCCCAUUUUCCGAUGGCGUUUACAGCCGCUUGCAACUUGAUUUUAUUGCGGCUCCUGGAUUCACCAACGACGACUAGUAUGAUGUCAUCAGCAUAAAUGAAAAUGAAAAUUCCCUUCGGAAGAUGGGCAAAUACAGACUGAAUGCUGACGAGAAACAAGGUCACAGCCAGUACAGAUCCCUGAGGGACUCCGUUUUCUUCGCAAAAGACGUCGGAUUGGCUACCACCAAUGCCGACACGAAAUCGCCGGUUGAGUAGAUAGCGUUGAAGAAACUGCCCUAGAUUGCCCCGGAUUCCCCACUGUUGAAGUUGUCUAAGAACCCCGUGGCGCCACAUUGUAUUAUAGGCCUUCUCCAAGUCCAGAACGGCGAUGUCCGUAAGCAUUCCAUCCGCGACGGCCUGCCCGACUAUUUCCCGGAAAAACCCAAGGUAAACACCGGUUCCAAGGCCUUUACGGUAAGCGAAUUGACGACGGUCAAGGCGAUUUUCUGAUUCAAGUAGGGUAAUGAGUCUUCUGUUGACCAUUCUUUCCCUGACUUUUCCGGUACACGGCAACAGACUUAUUGGUCGAAAGUCGUUCGGCGUUCUCGCGCCUUGAUUCCUUUUGGGAAGUGGUAUGAUGAGGGCGGUACUCCAGGACUCUGGGAAAGACCCGCCUUCCCAGAUCCUGUUGUAACUGGCCAGCAGUGAGAGGAUAUCCGAUAUUAUCUAUACCGGUGGCUUUUCCUUGAUUGAGUGCCGCUGUGAGUUCCAUUCCCGUGAAUAACUGAUUGUACUCGGGGCCGUCGUCAGGUGGAAAAACGAUUGGAGAUAGUUCUGCUUGUUGUUUCCUCCUGAGGAAGGCUUGCGAAAAAGAUGUAUUGGCCGAUAGAGAGGAGAAGUAGCGGCCUAAUUCAUUGGCAAUCUCGAUUGGUUGGGUGGUUGUGAUGUCAUCGAUUUCGAGCGAGUAUCCAUUAGAGUGACAGGAAAAAAUAACCCCUAUUGGCCCACUCCUGAUUCGAUUCCUAGUCCCACCAGAAGUAUUUGCAUCAAGUUUGAAGCAAAUCGGACAAGUCUAGCUACCGGACCAACGUGCCUGAAGUUUGUAUGGGAUUUUUCGACAAUUUACAUGGAGAAAACCCACUAACUCGCAUUUUUGCCGCUAGGUGGCACUGUAUGUAUCGCAUUAUCACUGUAAGUGAAAAUAAGAAAGAUAAUUUAAUUGUCUACAACUUUUCCGAAGACUGCUAGUGAAUUCGGCUUUGUUAAAAGAAGUUAUUAAGCUUUUAGUGAAGUGAUGUCUGAGUCAGUUUUGCAUGGGGCCUAGCAGUGCAUGGUUGUGUAUCAGUACUCGAUUUGCGCGAACUAAAAAUUUUUGUGAAAUAACCGUUGGUGUGUGUGGUAACUGGGUUCCGGGGAAUUGACAUUGGGGCGGUUGCUACUGAUGGAUGGACUUCCGUUGGAGAGCCAGCCGAUACUGGCAGUAGAUUCCUCUGCGGGGGAAUUGAUCGCCGGUGGUAUUUCUGCAGUGGUCUUUCGUGCGUCCCUGCCCAAGGUCUGUCCGGAGGGACAGGCGUUUUUUCUUGUCGAAGAAUGAUUGCUUUUUCCGGAUUUGAUGUGAGGUGUUAAAGUUUCUGCUGUGGGCGUUGCGACCUUUUUCCGGAGGGAAGCCGACCAAGGAGUUCAUCGGACUGUUGCCAAUGGUUGCUGUUGGGAGUGAGGGAGCGGAACUUAGGAUACUCGGUUUGUUAUUAUGUGGGUUACUUCCCUGGGGGGUUUCCCUUUGUUCCAGUGUCUGGUUCUACUGAGUUAUUGUUGGCAGACUGUUUCGUUGACUUCAGUUGUGCAAUCUUGAUGUUGUUGGCUGCUCCGAUAUUUGCUAUUAACUGGACUGGAAAAGGUUAGGAUCCUGUCAGUGCGGCUUCAGAUUGCCCUUUCGUCGGGGUUAUGAUUCGUUCUACUGUGGUUAUUUGUUGGGUUGCCGCGGUGGGAACUGUGUGAGUGGGUUGGUGCGUAGUCCGGUGGGAGUCGGUUUGGGUAGUUGAUUCUUAAGGUCCGCAAAGGCUAGUCGUAGUUCGACCAUCUCGUUUCGGAGGUCUUUGUUCAGUAUUUUUUCUUCCAGAAAUUGUUCCUUAAGCAGUUUUAUUGUUUUGUCUUUGUCGUCGCCAGAGGUUGGCUUACCAGCGAUUUUUUUGAGCGCUUCGAUCUCUUUUCGGAGCAGACUGAUGGUACGAUCUCUGUCGUCAGCGCCAGAGGUGAGCCUCUCUCUAAGGCUGCUCGACUACGUUGUAGUUUGUGGCCCUGUUCUUUGGUUGGCUAGUUUUCUGGCCUCGGGGAAGGUUAGAUUGUUAUCCAUUUUUAUUUUAACAAUCUGCUUUUCCAUUUGCUAUGUAGGGCAUCCGCGGUCUCUGGCCAAGUGCUCGCCUUCGCAAUUGACACAAGCACUUUUUUGCAGACAGGGGGUGGCUUUGUUUGUCUCGUGUUCGUUGGCGCAGUUAAGGCAUAUCUCUUUCUGGUUGCAGUUUCGACUGCCGUGCCCAAAUCUCCCACAGCGGAAGCACUGCAUGGAUAGUAUCGGCGUACUCGAAUCCUCACCAAUCCUAAGUAGAUUGUUUCUGGUAGGUGGGAUCCGGUAAAAGAGAGGACAAGUAGUGGUGUAUUGGUGGAAGAUCCGUAGACAAGCUUUGUGAUUCUUCGAAUCUUUGUCACAUUUUGCUGCUUGAGAGCCGUCAGGAUUUCGUCGGUGGACAGGUCGAUUGUGUCUGGGUCAAAGAUUAGGCCCUGGGUUUUGUUUAAGUAGGGGUGGUAGAUUAAUACGACAUGUUGGCCGUUCGAGAGAUGUUGAAUGCUGAAUAGUUUGUUUAAAAUCUUCUUGGAGGUUGUACGUACGACGUACUGGGUCCCUCUGGCCUCCUUUGUGGCUUGGAUGCCCUUGUUUGGGUCGGUUCCGAUCGCUUCUUUCAGCAGCAGAUAGAGCAUGAGAGGGUUGGGCAGGUUCUGAAUGUUCCCCUCGCUAUCCUUCGCUGCUCGCAGCAGUAAUGUUUGCUGGUCGAUCAGAUCACCAGAGUUCAUGAAGGUGGGGAUCGUGUGGAGGCCCCCCUCCGGGGGGUGGCGGAUCGGCAUCCAUCACUCACUUUGGAUUUUUGACCAGAGUAUGAAAAGUUUUGCGAUAUCCGAAAAAAAUGUAUGGGUGGGUGCUCUCCCCGGUGCGAGAUUGCACGGAAGGAGUGAUGCAGUUGCACGGAAUGUGAGAUGCUUGUGUGAAAUGUUGUGUGCGACGACAAGUUUCUAACUACUCAGAACACUCGGGUAGAGGUCAUGCGAAUACACGAUGCCGGGUGGCAGAUUCCCGACAGAGUCCACCUCUUUUUCCCUUUGGCCCAGUCACGCCCAGCACCGGGAUUCGACGGCCCGUUAUACGGGGGGUUUUGCACUGUGCACUUUUGUAUCGCACUUUUUAUCUUGCACUUUGUAUCACCAAAUCGAUAAGCGUAACGACGAGCUGCGCCGAAUAAAACGGAAAGUUAUCACUCGGUGUGAACGAAUUUGUCAAAACGCGCGGAGCUAUUCACUGGUCGACUUGUCGUCUCGAGUGUUAGUACCGAAAUGAAGUAUACAUUUUCUUUAUGCUGAAAUCCUCGAUGAUUUGAAGCUAAAGACUUGCUAUCCCAUUACAAUUUAAUAGGACAACACUAAGGGUACAUUGGCAUGGCCAAAAAUGAGUCCAAACGAUUGAAGAACAUUGAUAUGAAGCAUUUCAUCCAAAAACAUUUCGAGUGGAAGUGUGAAGGUCGAGUACGUACGAACUGAUGAUCAACUGGCUGAUCGCUUCACCAAACCAAUGGUGGCUGACCGUCUAGAAAAACUUGAAAAAUGCGUUGGAAUAGGGAAUUGAGGGAGGAUCAACGAGAGGAUGUUAUCCAAAUAGCAACCAGCUAUAUUGUUAGCAACGGAUGUUGGCUGCAAACGCAGCUUUUCGUCAUUCCAAACCGCGCGAUCACGACGAUAAGGCCGAUGACAUGCUUACGCGAUUUGCGAUGCGUUAGCGGUAAGCGAAGCGAAUGCGUUUGACCUAUCUCUUUGGUGUGUGCAUGUAGAACGCGUAAUACUGUCAUAGUAAAAGCGGGGCGAACGCGGCAAAACACUAUGACGCGUCCGCAAACGCUUCGCUUUCCGCUUCAGCUUAUCAUCGGCCUAAUAAAGCUUAACUGCAGAACUUUACUAGUUUGUUUUUUUGAGUCCCGGUAAGAAAAUCCCAAUACAUUAUAUAUGUAACUCACUGUUUGAAUUUGCAAACGAUGCCUGGUGUCUCUAUCAUGCAAUGCUGUCUCACACAAUUCCAAAAUUUUUGUCGCUGAUCAAAUUAUUCAGGAACGUUCUCCGUUAUCACCUUCGAGUCUUAAACGGAUUUUAACAAAAAAAGCUGCAAUGGGAAACGCCAAUACUCGUAGUUUUUAGUUCGAUCUGCACCCAACUUUUACUUGACACAAACAGGCCAUUAAUUCAAAAGAUGCCGCCUACUCUACCCAAAAACGUUAUAGAAUAAAAACUUGACGGAAGCGAAAUCUUGUUGCCUGUCCCGUCGAUGAUUGCUAUGAUUUCAUCAAAAACAGAAUUUGAAGUAUCGCAAUAUAAGAAUACUGCCGUUAUAAGCUUAAUUGUCCCAUGUUCUAUGGGAUUCCCUAUAUACAUGGGACAAUUAUGCGUAGAACGGCAGAAUAGGAAUUGAAAGUAAAUGUACAUAACAAACGAGAUUAUAAAGCUUACGAUGCUAAUUUAUGUGUAAAUUUGUACAGAAUAUUGUCCGUAUGUAGCUAAUAAAAAGGAAUGAGACAAAAAUGAUUCCAAACAAAUUUUUGAUUUUCGAUAAAUUAAGACAAACUGUCACUAUUUACGCUUGUCAAACUCUGAAGCAGGAUACAGAAAAAAAAUCAAACUCUUCAAUUAUUGUAACAAACCUGUAUAAUAUAGGCCAGGUAUAGGGUAAGGUUCUUUGUGUACGAGUUGAAAACAAUAGCUGAGAGAAAAAAAAACGUGUGCAAUUGCUUCGAAUUUUAUUCGCGCUAAGUAGGUUCCGCCAUAGCCGUGGUCAAAGUUUGGAAGAGAUACGAAACAAUAAGUAAAUGGAAACGUGAAUAUUUUCGGCAGAAAGUUUAGAGAAUUAGAGAAACAGUUGAACAGAUGGUUUUGUAGUAAAAUAGACGUAAUAUGCGACAUGUUGAUUUAUGUUGUUUUGUCAUUUUUUCUUUUGUUUUUGAACGAAAUAAUAAAAAUUAAAAAAAAAUUAA